CAAGGUAACCUUUGGUUGGAACUGAAAAUCGGCCUAUAAACAGGAACGCGGAGCAUGGAUUGGUACUCACAACCAAGUGUGCAACCAUGGGUUUCGGGUACAAACCACUGGCGCUCCUCUUCCUCGCCGCUUUUAUUCAGCAGGCACACUUUGCCCCAUCCGUCUCUGACUCAAAUCAGUACAAUGUCAGCAUCUCAGGAGGUGAAGCAACUGCACUGAAUCAGAUCAAGGAGAAAACCGCACACAUUGAGACUUUGAAGAAAAUGAAAGAAGACAUGUUCAAAACAGCUAGCUCUAUGUUCAAGGCCAAAAAGGCUCAGCUUGAUAAGGAACUCGAAGGCCAGAACCUUGACUUCGCCAGCAUGCAAGAAAAAAUAAAGCCGAUGGUUGAAGAGAAGAACCAGGCAGAAAAAGAAAUGAUGCAAAAGGUCAAUCUGAUUGAUAAUGAAAUCAAAGCCUUGGAGAUGCAGAUCGGCCACCUUCAAGGAAUACCACAGAUGCUCCCGGCAAAAAGCUUCUUAAACGUGGAGGAGAUGAAGGCAUACAUCGAGACUCUGAAGAAAAUGAAGGAGGAUAUGUUCGAAACGGCCAGCUCUAUGUUCAAGGCCAAAAAGGCUCAGCUUGAUAAGGAACUCGAAGGCCAGAACCUUGACUUCGCCAGCCUGCAAGAAAAAAUAAAGCCGAUGGUUGAAGAGAAAAAUCAGGCAGAAAGAGAAAUAAACCAAAAGGCCAAUCUGAUUGAUGGAGAAAUCAAAGCCUUGGAGACAAAAAUCAGCCAGCUUCAGGGAACAUCACAGAACUUACAGGCGAGAGGUAUCCCAAACGUGGAGGAGAUGAAGGCAGAAAUUGAAACUUUGAAGAAAAUGAAGGAAGACAUGUUCAAAUUGGUUCUCAAGAUUUUCACAGACAAAGCGGAUCAACUGAAGAAAGAACUUAAGGGUCAGUCUCUCGAUUCCGCCAACGCGCGAGAAAGAAUAAUGGCGAUGAUUGAAGAGAAAAAUCAGGCGGACAAAGAAGUUGGAGACAAAGUCAAGAUGAUUGAUGGAAGAAUCAAAUCCCUGGAGACGCAGAUCGCAAAUUUUGGACAGUAGGGGUUCCGUAUGAUGUAAACUUUUCGAUGGCUAAAAUUGAACCUUGAAUUAUAUUAAGUUUAGGGAACAUUCCUCAUCGAAAAGGGCAUUUGGUCUACUCCCGUUCACAUUCUUUGGAAUCUUGCAAAAUGUUAUAUUGUAACCAAAUAAAGUCAACAUUGAUGUUUUUAGUAGUAAGAAUCAAUUUGAGAUAAUUAAAAGUUUUAUUGCAGCAUA